AUGGCCUCCACUACCUCCUCUAACUCUACCCUGACCGCCAACUCCAAUGUCACUGAGUCUGCAAUCGACCUUGAUGUCCCCGAGAUAGCCCGCUCGCAGCCCUACUCGGGCGCCAUGAGGGCUCGGACGCAACUUGCCUUGAGUCUCCCGCCCUUGUACAAGCUUAGUGAUAUCUACAAGUCUCUUGCGGACAAAGCCAUUAACUUGGGGCUUGAUGAGGUCUUGGAGUAUUUGGGGGAGAGGCCCUUGAGGGUUGUCACAGUUUGUUCGGGGACUGAGGCGCCGUUGCUGGCGUUGGAGAUGGUCAAGGAUAAUCUGCGGAAACAUUCCAAUAAGAACUUGAACUUCAAACACCUGUUCAGCGCCGAGAUUGUUCCCUUCAAGCAGGCGUAUAUUGAGCGAAACUUUCACCCCCCUCUUCUCUUUCGAGAUGUGGCUGAGCUCAAGGAUAGAGUUGCCCAAACCGCGUAUGGCGCCACCGAGAAGAUUCCCAAAAAUGCAGACAUUCUCAUCGCCGGCUUCGCGUGCGUCGACUUUUCCGUGCUGAACAACCACCGCAAGACCCUCGACGAAAAGGGCGAGUCGGGCGGCACGUUUUGGGGAAUCAUCCGAUACGCAAUGACGUACAGGCCUCGUCUCGUUAUCCUAGAGAACGUGAAAUCUGCCCCGUGGGAAAAGAUCACGAAACACUGGAAUGAGAUUGACUACUUUGCUAUUCGCGCAGACGUCGACACAAAAGCAUACUACCUCCCGCAGACCCGCGAGCGAGUGUACAUGUUCUGCGUCGACAAGCGGCUCAUGGAUGGGAAUGGGCUUUCGGAAGAAGAUAUGCGAGCAUGGACCGAAGUGUUGGCAAAGUUCAAGCGUCCCGCAAGCUCGCCUGCUGGUAUGUUUUUGAUGGAUGUAGAUGACAGGAGACUCGAGCAGAUUGAGCGCGACAUGGCGAUGAAGAUUGCCUCGUCGGCGUCGUCUGCGAGGGCUACAGUUAACUGGGCCAAGUAUCAGGUUAGGCAUCAGAACUAUCGACUUAGCCAGGGCCUUGGACAUCGUCGGCCCGUUAGCAAGUCUCAGGAUGAUGGAACUUGUCGGAUGCCGGACUUCGCGUGGCAAACCUGGGUUAAAUCGUUGCCGGAGCGGGUCUGGGACACGAUUGAUGUCAACUUUUUGAGGAAGCUGGCGGAGGGAUGUGAUAUGAACUACAAAGAGAGAUGCCUGGAGCUAUCGCAAGGGAUCGAUCGCGAGAUUGAUUCUCGCGCCUAUGGUAUUGUUGGUUGUAUUACACCCUGUGGCAUCCCAUAUAUGACGACCAGGGGCGGGCCUCUUUGCGGUCUUGAGUCUCUUGGUCUACAAGGCCUACCGCUAGACAGGCUUUUGUUAACGCAAGAGACUCAGCGCGAACUCCAAGACCUCGCUGGAAACGCGAUGAGCUCUCCUGUCGUCGGCGCUGCAAUCCUUUCUGCACUCAUCGUCGGCCAUAAGGUUCUCAAAAAGGGAAAUGUAGCUCAUGCAGCAAAUCCUCGCGCACUCAAACACAAGAUCAUAACUCCCCAAGAGAACACCAUGAUACCGAGCCCCAUGUUGCUAGACUCAAGCACUGCUGUUGAUCUCCCAAAUCUCCGUGUGCGAGCAGCGAGCAGCGCGAGAUAUUGCAUGUGCGAAAGACAGAGUUCGACGCGAGCAGUGAUAUUGAAGUGUACACUAUGCUCGCACACAGCGUGCUCCGAGUGCAGUGGUAACCCCACUCAUGCUUAUGAACGCUGGACUGACUUGGAACGCUCCGCGCCCUUUGAUUUCAUCAGUGAGCUUCGGAGCAUCUUGCCGGCAAGGCUUUUGGUACACAACUUAUCUCGCGAAGAAUGGAAGGCAACAGAAUUGGAUCAUCCUGGUAUACCGCAUAUCUGGGACGACUUUUGGGACGCACUACUUAGAGUGCCUGGUGAUGAACUGCGCUUUUUGGAUGUCAAACGAGGUGAAGUUUGGACUGCUGUAUACGGCGGCAAGUAUUCUUUUUUGAACCUCGUCAUUGGACGGGAUGAUAUUGUUUGGCAGCUUUUUGCAAAGCCACAUGAGUCGUAUCCUGCUAUUAGUCUGAUCCGCGAGAUUUUGUCAAAGCCGAUUGCCCGUAUGAAGGUGCCGCAAGUUGGAUCACUUUUGGAAGGCACUUGGGAAAUCUGUUCACCCAUUAGCACGCCAACCCCUUUUGCUAUUUCUGGAAGCGGCGACCGGGUUCCUUCCUACGAGGCAAGAUGCGGAUUAGAAUUGGGAGGAUUUCAGGAUUCAAAAGUUUGGACUCACAUCACAGUUCAGGGCCCCUUGGAAUCGAUCAAGUACUUGGAGUUUGACAUCCGGGGUACCUAUGAGCUUCUUCAGGAUUGUGGCACAGCUAACGCCUGUCUUCACAAGAGGCCAGCAGCCAGCGGGCAGCCGGCUAUGUACCUGUUCUUGGAUCCGACCAAGCUGGGAGAGCCGAAGCUUGAUGCGUUUGUCUUUUCCCUUGAGCAUCGACGCAACCAGGGUUAUGGGAGCCGUUCAACCAUUGCUGAGAUCACGCACACGUGGCGGUCGUCGAAUGUCUCAGAGAGGUCAAUUAUAGUAAAAGUUUAUCAUCGGAAGUGGUUGCCUGUCGAAGAUGCCACUCUGCGCUGCUAUGGUGGCGAUGUUGACGAGCCGAUUAGGUGCUACAAUUUGGACCCCGAUGCCUCAUUUUGCAUUAACAAAGAUAAAUGCCAUGACACCAAUAUCACGUUGAUGUCCUUUGAGGGACCGGUAGGUGUCAUUGACACGCCACCUGAUUCCGCCGAAUGGACUGUCACAGACCCAACAGAUGCCUCUGGCCUGUUGCGAGACCAUGCAUGGCUGUUGCAGAAAGCCGCUGCGCAUUCAUGGUUUGGGGACUGGAAGCAAGUUGCCCAGGAUGAGCUCAAGCUGGAGCAAUGCUACAGUUGCGUACCAGAAAAGCCAAAGAUCAUUUGGGGCCGGAAUCGGAGAGGAUGGCUGAGGGCAUAUGAAGAUCCGUAUGGAGCAGCUAGAUACGAACGCCAGGUCAAACUGCGACCUCCGCCAUUUUUGAUAUGCCGCCGCACUGGCGAGCAGCGUCUCGGAGAUUUUCGUAUCACGCUCAAUAUCCAAACGCUGCUGCACCAGGCUAUCUCGAAACUAGUCAACUCGUGUGUCGACAGCUGUUCUCUUCAUUGGCGACUUGUGCCGAACUCAUAUGACACAAGGAACAUGGUCUUUCCUAAAUUCGUCUUAAGGAACAACAAGCAGGAUCUGCCAAGCUCACAGCCGCCCAGAUUUCUGCUGGAACUGCGGCCAGAGCAGCUGCGUUCUCUGUCAUGGAUGGCAAACCAAGAAGCUGACGACAUUGAGCCUUUCACUGAGGAAGAGAUUGAAGAGGCGCUUUUGCCAACCCUGAUGUGGCGUGCAGAAGGAAGAGUCGCCGCUUCAAAGACUGUACGAGGAGGCAUCCUGGCGGACGAUGUCGGUUACGGGAAAACAGCCAUCGUUCUAGGGUUGAUCGACUCGCAGUACGGAAAAUUCAAGUUCGACACAGCUGUUUCUCUGAAUGACGAAGGAUUUAUUCCUAGUGAUGCGACCCUCAUUGUUGUCCCAUCUAUCAUGCUCCAGCAAUGGCAGUCGGAAAUCGCCAAAUUUCUAGGAGACAAGUACAGAGUCCUCGUCUUCCCCUCCGCCGCAGCAUUGGCAAAGACGACCAUUGCAGACAUCAGAGAUUCCGACAUCAUUCUAGUCUCAUGGUCUGUCUUCAACACCCCGGCAUAUUAUCAACGUAUGCAAAAGUUCUGUGGCGCCUCUCGUGUUCCAUCGAAGCCGGGUAGAUAUUUUGACGACUGGUUCCUGAAUGCACAUCAAUUGAUGAAAGACCAGGUCCAGAUACUGGCGGAACAAGGCCCGGCAGCUUUUCUCAACAGUUUGCGGGCCGCACGCGAUAAGGUCAAACCCGUGGAAGAGGACUGUAUCUAUGUUCCGUCGAGACGGCUGAGAGGGAAGCAGUACGAGCUGGCACAAGGAGAUAAGAAUAAAGAAGCGUCGACUGGCGUAUCGUAUGCGGAUGUGUCUAGUGAUGAUGAAAAUUCUGAAAUGAGCGAUGAGGACGAUCCAAACUCUCUUGCCGACAGAGUUCACAAGAACCUGGAGCUCGCACCACCGAAGUCAUUUGGGAUCAAACACGAAGAAGUGGAGGGGGGCUUGGACGCAUACUCGACCGACGAAGACACCGAAUGUGACACAAUUUCAUCGGAGAGAUGCCACCCACGCACUCAGCAGAAAGGAAACAGCAGGAAACGGAAGUCCGGUCAAGCCACCCCAGGAAGCAAGCGCCAGAGCACUUGGAACGACAGGAAGCAGUUUAGCAUAGACAAGAACGCGGAAUCCCAACAAUGGGAGACCCUCACAGCGGCCUUCUUCCAUGCCUUCGAGUUCAAUCGGCUGGUAGUCGAUGAGUUCACAUAUGCAAACACAGACAGACUAAGCCAGUUACUUUCAUUGCGGGCUCACUCCAAGUGGGUCCUCUCUGGCACGCCACCACUCAAUGACUUUGCAGACGUGAACACUAUUGCCCCGUUUCUAGGUGUACAUCUUGGAGUUGACGAUGAUGGCGAUAUACACUCGCAGAAUAGACGGCUGAAAUCCCUCCAUAGGCAGCGCUCUGAGGCGGAGACGUUUCAGUCUUUUCAGUCUACCCGGAGCGAAGCAUGGCACAGGCGUCGACACGAGGUUGCUCAAAUCUUCCUAGACCGAUUUGCGCGGCGAAAUGUUGCGGAGAUUGACGAGAUUCCGUCAACUGAGCAUAUCAUUCUUGUCGAGCAAUCGCCCGCAGAGAAGGUCGUCUAUCUUGAGUUGUAUAAGCAGCUGAUGACAUACAAUCGGCAACUUCGUCGCAGCGGUGGCCGAGGGCGAUUCGGCAGCGACCAGGCAGACCGGCUCGAUGAGAUUAUCGAAAGCAGUUCAACGGCAGAAGAGGCCCUGCUGAAGCGCUGCACGUCUCUUGCGCUCCAGGGACGUUGGAAUGGAGAUGGCCAACCGGAAGCGGCUACCUGCCAAUCCCUUAUCAACGUUCGCUUGGAGCAGCUGGCGAAGCUGAAGGAUGAGUUCAAAGACAGGGUCAAGUUGGCUGCCUGGGUUUACAACGCAUGUGAUGUGAAAUAUGAAAAGUUCCACAAGUUCAUUGAAAGUGUGGUUCGACACGACUUUGGUGAUAUGCUAGUGACAGAGGAAGCGUACCCUCUCAUCAAGGACGCCAUCUUCAAGUCACAUAGAGAUGACUGGAAGCUGUUCUUCGCGAGUCUGCACGGCCAUGCCAAUGUCGAAAUCGAAGGCGAUGAUGCUGAAGAGACCAGCUCUAACCAAGCCAAAAGGAAGUCGAAAGAUACCCUUCCUCUGCCCAUGAAACCAACGCGGGUUGGGGAGUUCGAACCGAUGCUCCGAGAAGUCACAACCACGAUCCGCAACCUAAUAGUCGAAUGGGUUCUCCGUGAGCGAGCACUGCGCUUCCUUGGAACUGCUCUGCAGGUACAGACGGGAUCGCAGAAGAGCUUCCCCUGCCAUCGCUGCCUGGGUCGGCCUGAAUCGCUAGCCAAGAUGAAUAUCCUCGGCUCGUGCGGCCACGCAUUGUGCUCGAACUGUACGCCGAUAACAAUCGAAAAAGAAGAAUGUGCGGUCAUAGGAUGCCGGGGUUCUGGAAAGAAAUUCAACGUCAUCAAUGCCAUGACCUUCAGCCCAAAUGAUCUGGGCGGAGACAGAAACAUGGACCAGAGCUCCAGAUACGGUGGCACUAAGCUCGACGCCCUCGUCAAUAUCAUUCAAAACAGAGUUCCAGUUGAUGAGCGCGUUCUCCUCUUCAUCCAGUUCCCCGACUUGAUGCAGAUAGCAUCCAAAGCACUGGACCUGGCCAGAAUCAAACACAUAACCAUCUUCUCUACCGACCGCCAGUCAACCCAGAAGAUCGAGCAAUUCCAGAAGACCAGUUUCGGGGAGAACAAAGUCCUCUUGUUGAACCUGGGCAGUGAGAUGGCAGCGGGACUAAACCUCCAAUACGCGAACCAUAUCAUCUUUCUCUCCCCCCUCCUAACCCAAACCCAAUACGACUAUGAGUCGUCCAUGAUCCAAGCUAUCGGCCGAUGCCGACGAUACGGACAAAGCAGACACGUCCACGUUCACCAUCUGCUCGCGAAGAUGACGAUCGAUGUGAAUAUCUUCCAGGAUAGGAGGGACAAAGUGGUUGUUGAGAGAGGUGGAGAAGCGGUCUUGGUGUCGGCUGAGGAGGCGUCGAAAUCAGAGGCGAUCAGCUGCCAGGGUCCGGAGCUGGUUGUUGAUAAUGCGUUCUGAGUGCUGAAGGGUGUCGGAGAAGUCGGAGGAGAACUAAGAUUUGUAUUGUAUGUAAGAGUAGAUGGGAAUAACUCUGCGGAAACUGUGUCAUUUGAGCAUCAAUAGAUUCAAUUCAAUGUUCAAUAUGAAAGGAUAAAGUGCAUUGGGUACUAAACCUUCUAUCGAAGCUCCUGGUCUUGGUAUCUUCUCUUCUCUUCUUUGCGUACAAGCAAGACCAGAACCAACAUACUAUACAUACAUAACCGGCACCCUGUAGCCUCGUCCGUCAACCAGCUCAGGAUGGGAAGACGGGGAGAGGAAAAACGUGACAAAGGCGGAAAAUAAACGGAACCAACACCGAACAACGACAUGGAAGCUAUAUUCUCUCUUUUCUCUUGCCUAUUAUUCGAAAUAAAUCGUCUAUUGCGCAGCCUGCGCCGCCUCGCCAUCCAACGCCCCAUCCUUCCUCAUCAUCGUCGCGGGAUCCCAAACGGGGUUCUUCAGACUGGUAAGACCAGCGCUGUUCUCGCACGUAUCUCUUCCGCUGAGUGGCCCGGGGGCAGGGAUCUUGACUGGGCCAGAGGUAGCGGUCACGGACUCCUUGAGCGCGGUGAGAAGGGUCUUGAUGGACUCCGGGGUGAGAUCCUCGUAGUAGUCGUCGUUGAUCUGGACCAUGGGCGCGUUGACGCAGGCGCCUAGGCACUCGACUUCGAUGAAUGUGAACAGGCCGUCUUCGGUUGUGUGGCCCGGGGUGAUGCCGAGGUGUUCUGUGAUGGCUUGGACGAUCUUGUCGCUGCCGCAGCCGCCGAGUUGGCAGGGUGUCUAUACACAUGUAUCCUGUUAGUUUCCAAAUACCCAAG